AUGUCCUCGUCUUCGAUCCUCAGGGCAGCCUCCGUGGCCCGGGCUCUUACACUACUGCUAUUGCCGGUUAUUCGGGCCCAGGAUUCAUCCCCCAAUGGACCAAUUUUCCCUAACAUUGCCUCGAACUGCAAUGCCUAUCACACAGUCGUCGACGGCGACGGUUGUUGGUCCAUCGCCCAAGAGUACGAGAUCACGGUCGACCAGUUCUAUGAGUGGAACCCAGACAUUGCCGACGACUGCGGGACCAACUUCUGGCCUGGAUAUGCCUACUGCGUCGGUGUUGGGCCGGCGCCUCCGAGCAGCUUGAGCUCCGCGCCGGCCACCUGCUCUUGCAGUACCAUCACCACCGGCCCUAGUAGUACCGGCAGUACCGGCAGCACGUCUUCGUCCGAGACGGCAUCUGAAACCGAGUCCAGUUCAACCGACACAAGCACGGAACCAUACUCCACGCUGCAUCCCAUUACCAGUUAUACCAUCACACCCACAACCACUGCGCAAGCGUUCCCUCCAACCAAAACGCAGGACGGGCAGCCAGCAGACUGCGAUGACUGGCGUUUGACUACGGCUUGGGAUACCUGUGAUAGUAUCGUUGCCAGCAGUUCAUGGCUAACCAUGGCAAAUCUGCUCGCAUGGAACCCGGCCCUCGGCGCGGAUUGUUCGGGUCUCUACGACGGCUGGUGGGUUUGUAUCAGCGUCCGCCCUGCAUCUAACGUUGAGCUUGGGUGGACCACAACGGCAGGGAACGUGGAUAUCCCGACCAUUACAGCCAACUUCACGCCCUCAACGUUGUCUCCGAUCGAUGCUAGUUUCACCGCCUCUCCCACCCGCGACGGCACGGUCAGCGGCUGCAAGUCGUUUUAUCAGGCCCAGGAUGGCGAUACCUGCCGUGUAAUGGUUGACGGCACGCUGCUAACCGAAGCCGACUUCUUCGCGUGGAACCCGUCCCUGAACGGCGACUGCAACGGUCUCUGGGCAAACUACUGGUACUGUGUUGUGGGCCCCGAAGGGAUCACCGCCAUGCCGCCCACCGUGACGGCCACCCCGGCGCCCUUGCCUCCCAACCAAAUCGCCGUCUGCAAGCGCUGGUAUCAGCGGGAUGGCGAGUCAUGCGGCGAGAUCGCCGCCAUGUUCGGCACUUUUUCGGAGCAGGACUUCAUUUCUUGGAACUCAAACGUUGGGUCGACGUGCACUAACCUGGUGGAUGGUUGGUGGUAUUGUGUUGGGAUCCCCGGGACGCCAACGACGCGCUCGGAACCGGUGCAGACGACGGAGAUUCCGGAUGCCACGCCGACGCAGGAUGGUAUGACGGAGGAUUGUGCGAGGUUGUGGCUUGUUGGGCCGACUGAUACCUGCCAAUCGAUUGAAGACGCUAAUGGUAUCACAGAGACACAGUUCUUGGAGUGGAAUCCGGCCCUGGGAACAACAUCGUGUGCUCUAACACGGGACUUCUACGUAUGCGUCUCGGUUGAUGGGCCGGCAGUGACCAUUACUUCUGGGCCGGGCUCGACGUCACAAUCCGCCACUUCGCCGCCAGAGACGGGUACCACGACGGUUGCUCCGGGUUCCUCAACCAUGUCUACUGCACCGAGCACAACCACGUCAUCUGGCAGUGGGCCCAUAACCACGCCGACACCAAUUCGGGACGGCAUGACCUCCGAGUGCCACCGCUUCUACUUUGCCCGAGAAAACGAUGGCUGUUGGGCCAUCGCGAAUGCGGCUGGCAUUGAUCUGAAGUACUGUUCGGUAUGCUCUCCCUCGCGUGGUCAUGCCGAAGGAAUAUGUUAG